AUGGAAAGGGAAGAACUAAGUUUAGAGAGAGGUGUGGUGAAAGAAGAAAAGACUAUAACAGAGAGACUAAGAGGUUUGGGGCUACAGGGAGUGAGUGGUGUUAGUUCUAGCUUACCUCAGUGUGUGAAACUGGCAGACAGUGAGCCUCUAGGCCUGCAGGCGGGAGGGGAUGUUGUGAUCGGAGGGCUGUUCCCCCUGCAUUAUGUGGCUCCUAAGCCACAGAACAGCUACCACAGCAAACCUCAGCUCAUCCCAUGCAGUGGCUUUGACCACAGAGCUUUCCGCUGGAUGAUGACAAUGGUGUUUGCAGUGGAGGAAAUUAACCGUAAUUCAAGCCUGUUACCAGGUGUUAAACUAGGCUACCGGAUCAUGGACAGCUGUGACCAUGUCCACACCAGCCUGCAAGCUCUUUUUUCUUUAGUCAAUAGGAGUACACAAUCUCAAACGUUGCCCUCAUGUCUGGCUGAUUCACCUGUACCUGCUGUGAUUGGCCUUGCAUCCUCUUCCCCCACAAGAGCUGUAGCUCACACUCUUGGCCCUUUCAAUCUCCCGCUGGUGAGUUUUUUUGCCACUUGUACUUGUCUUACUGACAAACAUAUAUACCCGUCAUUCUUGCGGACUGUGCCUAGUGAUCUCUUUCAAGUUAGAGGUCUUGUUCAGCUGGUCACCUUCUUAGGCUGGCUCUGGGUGGGCACAAUUGGGACCACGGAUGACUACAGUCACUAUGGCAUUCAAGCAUUUUCUAAUCAGUUCAGACAACAAGGUGGGUGUCUGGCAUUUCAUUUGACUAUCCCAAAAUCACCCACAGCGGCUGAGAUACAAGACAUGGCAGACAGGCUGCAGAGUUCAACCGCACUGGUAGUGGUGGUCUUUGCCACAGAGGGACAGUUGCAGGAUCUGCUCUUAGAGCUUGCUCAGAGAAAUGUGACAGGGAUCCAGUGGGUAGCUAGUGAAGCCUGGGUGACCGCUAGCAUGCUGACCUCACCCCGCUUCCACCCUCUACUAGAAGGCACACUGGGCUUCUCCUUCCCUGGAGUCAGGAUCCCCGGCUUGAAAGAGUUCCUGUUGAAUGUCCGCCCCUCUCCCAAACCGGGAUUGGAAUUUGUCAACAUGUUCUGGGAAGAGCUCUUUGGCUGCAGGCUAGAGUUUAGAGCAGAACAUGAAGCAGACACCCCUGUAUGCAGUGGUUCAGAGGAUCUGAGGCACACUGAAAGCAGUUAUAAUGAUGUAUCUCAGGUCAGAAUAUCCUAUAAUGUGUACAAAGCUGUAUAUGCCAUCGCCCAUGCUCUGCACACUUUAUUGAAAUCUGAUUCUGGAGGAGAUAAUAAAUCAUUUACUUCUAGGCAGGUACUUUUUUUUCUUCCUCCUUUCAUGCAGUUGCUGCAUCAUCUGAAGACCGUGAAUUUCACCAACCAGUUUGAGGAGAAGGUAUAUUUUGACUCCAACGGAGAGCCGGUCCCUCUCUAUGACAUCAUUAACUGGCAGAAGGACAGCAAGGGUGACAUGAGAUUCAUCAAAGUGGGAAGCUAUGACGGUUCGGCUCUACUGAGACAACAAUUGCAGAUAGAGCAGAGUAGCAUUGUGUGGACAAAAGGACAGUCACAGGUGCCUGCCUCUCAGUGUAGUGCUCCAUGCUCCCCUGGCAGCAGGCAGGCCAGACGUCCAGGAGAGCCCCACUGCUGCUUUGAUUGUUUGCCCUGUGCAGAUGGAGAGAUCAGCAACCAGACUGGUUCCACUGACUGCACAAAAUGUCCUGAAUACUACUGGUCAGACAAAGACAAGGUCAAAUGUGUGGCCAGGGUUGAAGAAUUCCUGUCCUUCCACGACACCAUGGGCAUCAUCCUGGUCACACUCACACUGCUGGGUAUCGUCCUGACAACCAUCGUCACUGCUGUCUUUCACCGUUUCCGUUCCACACCGAUCGUCAAGGCCAACAACUCAGAAAUAAGUUUCUUGCUUCUUCUGUCACUCAAGCUCUGCUUCUUGUGUUCCCUUGUGUUCAUUGGCCAGCCGUCUGUUUGGACAUGUAGGCUCCGCCAGGCAGCAUUUGGGAUCAGCUUUGUCCUCUGUCUGUCCUGCCUCCUUGUUAAGACCAUUGUGGUUCUCUUGGCCUUCCGGGCUAAUGCACGUGGUUCCAGGGCCCUCAAGCUGUUUGGUCCCUCUCAACAGAGGGCUCUGAUCAUCUGCACUAUUGCUCCUCAGGUUUGUCUCUGUGCUGGUUGGCUCUUAGGCGCACCUUCCUUCCCAUUUAAGAACCCAAACUACCAAGCCUCAAAUGGAAAAAUUGUUGUGGAGUGUAAGGAGCCAUGGCCCCCUGGAUUUUAUCUGGUCCUUGGCUACAUUGGUUUUCUGGCCUUCAUCUGCCUCCUCCUGGCGUUCCUCGGGCGCAAGCUACCAGAUACCUUCAAUGAGGCGAAGCUCAUCACCUUCAGCAUGCUGAUCUUCUGGGCCGUGUGGAUUUCCUUCAUCCCAGCUUAUGUCAGCUCUCCUGGGAAAUUCACAGUGGCUGUGGAAGUAUUUGCUAUAUUAGCUUCCAGUUUUGGAUUGUUACUUUGCGUUUUUGUGCCCAAAUGUUACAUAAUUUUAUUGCAACCUCAAAGAAACAUAAAGAAAGGCAUGACUGGAAAAUAUCUCACAUGA